CGAUCGAUCUCCACCACUUCCAUUUCCAUUCCUAACUUUUCUAUACAAACCCCCCCCUCUCUCUCUCUCUCUCUCUCUCUGAUUACACCCAAAUGUCAGGCCAACAAAUCGAUAGCCACAAAGAAGACGCCGAGAUCUAUCACGGCGAAGCCCUAUGCAAGCAGAAGUCCCACGAGCUGCUCGACAAAAUGAGCCUGCCGCGUGCCCUCCUGCCCUUAGACGAUGUCCUAGAGUUCGGUUACAACCACACCUCCGGAUUCGUAUGGCUCAAGCAGAAGAAGAAGAAAGAGCACCGGUUCCACGCCAUUGGCAAAAUGGUGUCGUACGACACGGAGGUGACGGGCUUCGUCGAAGAGCAUCGGAUGAGGAGGCUCUCUGGGGUCAAAAGUAAGGAGCUUUUGAUUUGGGUCUCGAUUUCGGAUAUCUACGUGGACCCGAAUUCGAAUCCGGAUAAGAUCACGUUCGCCAACGGCACCGGGAUCUCAAGGUCGUUCCCUGUCACGGCCUUUGGGCUUGAAGAAGAAGAGAAGAAUGUUGAUGGGAAAAAAUGAAAGGCUUUUCUCCUUUUGGUCGAAGAAAAAAAAAUUAAAAUAUUGAAUAACUUUAGUUUUUUGUUUUGAAUUCAUUUAAUAUGUGAUUACUUUGUUACACUUUCAUUUCAUUUUCUUUAUUAUUUGUUUUGUAUUGUAUUGGUUGUUUUGGUGUUGAGCUAGGAUGCCCUAUGAUGCAGAAGAAAAACAGAGAGGUGAGGCGGUCAAUUGUUCUCUUUUUUGGAUACAAAGGAUAUUGAAAAGAAGAAUCAAACAUAAGAUUUCCGU